UACUCUUUCCAGAUCCAAGCUCACAGCCAUGGCUACAUUGAACAUCGAGAACGGUGUCUACUUCAUCCAGAACUUCGGCACAGGCACCGCUGUCGAGCUCAAGGAUGGUUCUAGUGCAGACAGCACCAGGGUCGUGAGUGCUCCGAAGCGGGAGCUUGACAACGUCUCUGUGCCUGCAUCGCUGUGGAUUAUCAGCCGCGUCUCGGGUGCGCCUGGUCACCAGUACACGCUCCAGAACGCUAAGAGCGGCACUUUCAUGGACGUAUUGGGCGGCGCUAGCAAUGUGAAGGACAACGUGGACAUUGUCGGUUUCCAGAAGCUGGCUGACAGCAAGAGCCAACGCUGGACCAUCACGCGCCACAACGAUACCAAGGCCUAUGUCAUCUCCAACGCGGUCACCGGCAAACAUUACGUGAAUCUGCCGGGCGGAGAUGGCACUGCGGGAAAAGUUCUCCAAGUCGUCACUGGCGAAGGCAAACAGUCCACAAACGUCAAUCAGCUGUGGCUGAUUGUCCGUGCCUAAGCCGCAGGGGAACCUAUAAGGCAGCGGCUUUCGUCGGACGAGUCGCGAGGACACAAUUCCCUGCCGUAUCGCAAGUUCUUGGACCGCUGAGAAACGAUCCCAAAUUAUAGCACGAUAAAUCAUGUAGUGGCCUUGUCACAACGUUGUUGUCAAUGUGUUAUAUGCUCGCC